UUUCUCGAAAAAAUACAGAAAAACUAAAAUCAUCAUUUGUAAAAUUUAGAAAAAACAAUUUGUGAUAAAGUUAAAUUCCACAAAGUUAAGAAAACAAAUAAUAAGAUAUUGCAAACUAAUAAAAAAAUACAAAAUAAAAUAAUUGGAGAAUAAUAUGUGCAUUUUUAAGAAUGCCGUUUCAGGCGCCUUCGUGGACAGAAUUUUAUACCUGUCCUAUUUGUGAGAAUGAGUUUUCUACAAAUCAGCGUUUGCCAAUAAGUUUAGGCUGCGGCCAUACCAUAUGCCGUGUAUGUUUAGCUACUUUAUAUAGUCGCCAAUGUCCAUUCGAUCAGGCACCUAUUUCGACGGAUGUUGAUAAUUUACCCAUCAAUAAUGCUUUAUUACAACUACUUAACUCAGGGGAUGGCAAUGACAAUGGCGCUGGAGAUGGGAAAGUCAAUAAUAACAGCGCCUCCGUUUCUAGUACAACUUCCAUUGCAAAGAGCACAACAACUAACAAUUAUACCAACAGUGGGAGCAAUAGCAUCACCAACAGCAACAAUAAUAAAGCCUUUGCAUAUAUCCAUGAAAAUUUUACAGCAGCAGCGGCAGUGGCUGGGGGUGACCAGCACAUGCCGCCCAGCGUUCGUAACUUAAAGCCGGAGGACCUUAAAUGUUACAAAUCCUCUAAAAAAUGUAUAGAAGACCUAGCCCAGUAUCUUAAGUCGUUUGUGACGAAUAGUGGUAGCACAUUGCUGACACGUCCCAUGUUGCGGAAAUUAGUUACCUUGGUCAAUUGUCAGCUAAUGGAGGAGGAGGGUAGAAUAAGAGCUGUUCGUACAGCUAGAUUUUUGGGCGAACGAACUGUUACUGAGCUUCUGUUACAGCAUCAGAAUCCGCAGCAAUUGAGUUUGUGCCUUUGGGCUGCUGUACGUUCAAGAGGUUGUCAAUUUUUGGGUCCGUCUAUGCAGGAAGAAGUUUUGAAGCUGGUCUUACAAGCAUUACAAAAUGGCUCGGCGCUUUCUCGUAAAGUUUUGGUUAUGUUUGUGGUUCAGCGUUUAAUUGAUAAUAUGUUGCCGGCAUCCAAGACUAGUAUUGGUCAUGUAGUCCAAUUGCUUUACCGUGCUAGUUGCUUUAAGGUUUCGAAAAGAGAGAGUGACUCGUCUCUGAUGCAGCUAAAAGAAGAAUUUCGGAAUUACGAAGCGCUGCGUCGUGAACAUGACGCUCAGAUUGUACAAAUCGCUACAGAGGCUGGGUUAAGAAUUGCACCGGACCAAUGGUCAUCUCUUCUUUAUGGAAACACGUCUCACAAAUCACAUAUGCAGAGCAUAUGCGAUACUUUGCAAACGCCCUCAUCGUUUGCCCAAUCUGUCCAAGAGUUGGUUUUGGCCUUGCAGCGCACAGGAGAUCCAACGAAUCUGUCUAGUUUACGUCCGCAUCUCAAACAUUUGGCUACCAUUGAUCCUUCACCAGAAAGUCCUCCACCCACGUGGCAAGAUGUUGAGAAGGCUUUAGAAGCUGUACGUUACGUAGUUUUGGGCCUGGUGAAAUUUAUGCAAUACCAUAGUAAUCGUAAAGUGCAAGAUUACACUGUUCCACCGAUUAAUGCCAAUGGGAAGUACAAAAUAAGUUUGUGCCGUGAUUUGACGGAGAGACGAAUGUGUCCGCGAGGCCCUAACUGUACGUUUGCGCAUUCAGCCGAGGAACGUCAAAGGUACCGAGCCAAGCAUCGAAGAACAGGACCCGGUGAUAAAGCAAUUGUCAGGCCCCAUACGGUGGCUUCCAUCGCAGGCGGCGGCCAAUUACAGGGUCUAGAAAAUAUGAAAAACGAUUUUCAAAAUAAUCACAGCCAACAACAAAACUCCGUGGUUCCAACACAUCAAAUGCAGCAACAGCAUGGCCUCACGUUAUCAAAUCCCAUUGAUACAGCCAAUUCUCCUGUCAAAAUGAAAUCAUCGCCCAUGAGAAAAUACUCCAACAAUGACAACAGUGGUAACGUUAACAUGAUGCGAACCAAUAUGAUGGGAGAUUCAAAUUCGUUCAUGGGAGAUAUUUCCAACACUACUUCGCCGUUAAGCAUGCAGGCGUCCCUUAAUGCUCUACACGCAAGCCCCAUACCACCAACAGGGCAUUUACUAGGCAUGAAUGCCUCUGCGUCAAUAAUAAAUGUACCUCCUAUGCAUAAGCACCCUCCUUCUGGUUAUGAAAACAUACCAUUCGGAUCAAUAAAUUACGGAGGUGGUGGCGGAAAGUACAUGCGUAUGCCAAACAUGGGUAUGCCAAUGCCACCCAAUAUACGCCCACCAAAUAUUAGGGGGCCAGUAAGUAGCAGCGGUGCCGUAGGGGCGAUUGGUUUGGGAGUAGGACCAUCAGGACAAGGGAUUUUAUCACCCAGACCUUCCGUGCAUAAUUCCUUAAAUAUCACCACCGUUGCAAACCCACCGAAUUUACAGGGCACAAACUCUAAUAAGUCUGCUGGAAGUCCUAUGCAUAAAAACAUUUACAAUACAACAAUGCCGAAUGAUUUUUUCAAUCCCCCCGGACCUCCGUCGUAUUUUACAAAUGCGAAUAUGGAUACUGGACCAGGAGAUUACCCAUUUAGAUUGGCCAAAUCAAAAAUGCAAAAGGCACAAAAUCCAAUGUGGGAAGUCCAACACCAACAACAAUCGAUAAUUAAUCACGCAGACUAUACAUCCAACCCACAUCACCUUAUGUAUAUGUCUCCACCGCCGCCGCCACAGCUGUUGCAUCAGCAACAGCACCCGGUUCGACCCCAUCCAGAUACAAAUGUGUUUUUUGACAAAAACCCUCUGGACUAUAACAGCUAUGGUAGCAAUAAGCAAAAAACACACUUGAUAGAUUCUGCGCUUAAUUUGCCCGAUAGUCUGAUGUUCAAGGGCAAGAAUAAUUUUCUUGAGGCUUCGGGAAACCCUCUUAAGGAUAUAAAUAGAAUGAAAAAUAAAAUGCCUAUGGCUAUGCAUGAAAAAACAGAUUCAUUUUGGCACGGCGGCAACAAUGACAUACAACAACAACACAUUAACAAUGCCCAUUUCAUGGAAGCCUCCAGUGGAAAUGGAGGCAGUGUUGCCUCUGGUGUUAACAUCGAACCUCCUUCACCAUCGACAUCACUUUUCCGUGAUAGAGAUAAUUUUGUGCGUUCUGACUCUAUAUUAGACGAUGACGCAGCGACAUUUGACUGUCCGCCUACAUCAACAGCAGCACUGGGCAAUAAAUAUGGACCAAUUUGUCCCAUGUACAAAGGUCACUCAUCGUCUAUGCCAUCAACAACGAACACAAGUAAUUUUGUAGAUUCUUGGAAUGCUUUAUUAUCACAGGAGAACGAUAAACACCAUACCACCUCGGGUAGUAAUGCUAAGAAUGUAAACGAUUUUACAGCAUUCAAUUUAGACAAUGAUGAUCCUUUGAACCUACCGCUGGAGAAACAUGCAACUCAUCAACAGCAUACAGAUCGAUUUAUUGAUCCCGCAAUUGCCGCUGCAAGUGCUGGUACUUCAUCAACAUCAUCAUCAUCACAUGUCACUACUGCAAAUGCGUUCGACAAUUUCAAUAAUAUGCAGGCUGCUCUAUCAAUUUUUAAUGAUGCUCGAAGUGAACAAGAUCAGCAGCAGCAGGAUAUGAGUCAUUUUCGUUUUGAUCUCAAUCCAUUGUGUAACAUUUUGGGCGGAAACAAUUUUCGAACGGAUAUAACCAAGAAUCCAUCUUUGAAUGAAGAAUCGUUGUGGAACAACCAUCGACCAGUCAACAAUUCAAAGCAUACAUCAACCAUGAAUCUAGGCUUAGAUAGCUUUUGGGGAGAAGACUCAAAGGCUGCUUCAAUUACUGUAACACCACCGCCGACAUCAAAUACCACAACAACACUCAUUAACAAUAAUCUAAUAAUUACACCGCAAUCGCAUCACGAACAACGACGCACCUCACAAAAGUUCGAUGAUACCGAAUUCGAUAUUACAGAGAUUGUCGAUAAAAUGUGGCCAUCAGCUGAUGAUAGCGGUAUAAAACUAGACUAGAAACAAGGUAAUGUAACUGAAACACACACAAAAACAUUUAAAAGAACAAACUUGACACAAAGGACAGCAAGAAUAUGCCGCCGUCUCCCUUCAGUAGUAACUUGUGAGUGUAUAUGUGUUAUGUGUAUUUGAUUAAUUUCAAGGUGAUAGUGUGAUAGUAGUAAAUUAUUUGCAUCAAAUUUUAAGUAACAUACUUUUAAUAGAACGCUUAUUGUUGUUGGUUUCUCUGUGAUUUUUUUCUUCUAAUUCAGUCUUAAAAAACAAUGGUCUAACCCCGUCCCAAAAUCCUCAAACAAACAAAAAACAAAUGAAAAAAAUGCCUUCUUUAAAUGUUAACAAACGACGACGACAACAACAACAGCAGGCUUAGUUGUUUUUCACUAUGCUUAAUGGUAGUUACUCUAGUAGGUUUUAUUAUUUAAACAAAAUUGUUGAGAUUGUAAUGAAAAUUAACGACGUUUUUGUGUCUUUUUUUAAUUUAAUUUUACCUUUAUUAAGGAUUUCUCUUUUUGUUUUUAAUUUCAUCUUACGAUGUCAUGCUGCCAACAGCAUGUUUACAAAAACAAACACACCCACACACACACAUAAAUAGUUUAUUUUUUGUAAUUUCUGUUUUUUAGUUUGUAAGUUCGCAGCCAAUUUCAAACGACAUUAUUGUUGUUUUUUUU